UUACCUUUGACGAAGUCUAACGUUUGUUAACGGUACGGAAAACAAGAAAAUAAUAAAAUAUUAAUAAAAUUGUGUUUAUAUAUGCAUAAAAUGUAUAAUAAUGCUGGUACAUAAGUACUAUGUGUAAAAAAUAUAGAAAAGAAAAAAUGUUGAAAAAAAUCACUUAUUAUUGUGAAUUAAAUCUAGUGUAAAAUGCCAUGAAUAAUAUUGUGAAUUUAAAAAAAAGCAAACAAUAUUAAACAAGUCUCAAAUUUAAAUUUCAUUUGAAAUAAUAAAUAAAUUUUAAUGUGAACAAAGAAAACAUGAAUAAAAACGGGUGAAAAUUAAAAUUAAAAUAAAAGAAAAAAUCAUAAUGUAAUUGAGAAUAAAAAUUUAAUUUUUUUGAUUUUUAAUUUAUAAUUAAAAAAAUAAAUAAAUCAACAAUUUUUUUAUAAUAUUAAAAUUCAAUUUUUUUUUUUUUUUAAAUAAAAUACCAAAAAAAAAAAAAUAAGUUAAUUUAAAUAAAAAUAAAAAUAAAAAAAAAGCAAAAAUCAAAAAUGCAUUACAAAGAGGAUUAUGGAACAGCUGAUCAUCCAAAAGAAUUGGAUUGGCCAUUUUUAAUAAAGGGUAUUAUGGAUAAUCCAUCAUGUCCGUCAACACCACCCGAAACAGUUCAAGCUCUAUUAUGGACAACAGUAGCAGUAUUUGGAAUUGUAUAUGCUCUAUUGGGUUAUAGAUGUCUUCGGGCAAUUGGAUUUUUAAGUGGAUUACUUGUUGGAGCAAAUACAAUAUUUAUAUUACAAAGUCUUAAAGUAACGAAUUUGGAGACACCAGCCGAUUCAGCUUUAGCUAUUGUAAGUGGUUUUGUUGGUGCAGUAUUAGGUUCAGCUCACCCAGUGGCGUCAGCUUUAGUAAGUGCUUUCGCUGGAGCAAUACUUGCUGCAAUUGCAAUGGUUGUAUGUGUUGCAACAAUGCCUGAUAAUGAAUUUGGUACAAGGGAACUAUAUGUGGCAAUUAUAGGUGGAGCAAUAAUAUUUGCUGUGUUGACAUUGUGCUGUGUUAAAUAUGUAACAAUAUUAGCGAGUAGCAUAGUUGGUACUGCAAUGAUAAUGGCAUCAGUAGAUUUUUUUAUGCAUAAUUUAGAAACAAUAGGAUGGUUAACAAAUAUGAAACCGAAUCCUUCACCUCCACCAUGUUGGGGUGGAGUAUUAUUAUGUUCUUGGCCUGUGGCAGCAAUUGUUAGUGUUAUGGUACAAUGUUUCAUUACUGGUUGGCGUGUUGAUCACAGAAAACGUAUACAAUAUAGAAGACAAAUACCAAGAUCAAAUUCAAGGCCACGUGAAACAAGAGAAGAAGCUAGACAACGAAAAUAUCGUUAUUUAUAUCAAGUUCGUACAGCUAGAGGUGAUAUUAUAUCACAGAAUUAUGUAUCAGCAUUACAAAAACGUAUACAACCUGGUAUUGAUACACCAUCAGAACAUUCAAUUAAUAAAAAUAGCUCAAAUGAACGUAAUUCAAUGCGUAGCGAUAGAACUGAUAGAACUCAUUUUACACAUAUUCCAGAUUCUGAUAUCAAUGAUAAAAUGGAAAUUGUUAAUGAAAGAGGAUAACAAAUAAUGUAUAGACAUUAGGAAUAUUAUUAUUAAGUAAUAAUAUUAAAAUAAGUAAUAAUUAUAUACUAUUUAAAAAAAUACAAUACAAAAAAAAAAUUAAAAAAUAAAACAGUCCCGAUUUUGAAAAAUUAAUAAAACACAAAAUAAUUGUUUAAAAAAAAAAUACAUAAAAAAAAAAUAAACUAAAAAAUUAACAAACAAACGUGAUAAAUUACAUUUAUGUAUAAAUAUUUUAUAAAUAUAAAUAGCUAUAUACAUAUUUAUGAU